UUUACCUUUAAAGUCUAAGAGCGCGUUGGCUUCGGUUUUGUCUGUCUUCAUCUUACUUGACAAAGAAUCUUUAAAAAAUGUUACUCGGACUUUGUCUUGUCUUUUUUAUCGAUACGUUUAUGUUUGCUCUGGUGGGUCACUGCCUUCCUGUGCCCGACUCUGGGCCACACAUUAUCAAUGGAUGGGGAAAGCCUGUGAGACUCAGACAUCUGUACACAACAAACAGUCGGGGGCUAGUCAGUUACUACGUGCAGAUAAAUGAAAAUGGCAGAGUGGAUGGAACCACUUCUCAAAGUUCAUACAGUUUAUUAGAAAUCCGACCCGUCUCUUCUGGAUCUGUAGCAAUCAAAGGAGUUAAAAGUUAUCGAUAUCUCUGUAUGGACAAGCAUGGGAAAUUGCAUGGCUCGCAUGCAUACACAAAAGAAGAUUGCUCCUUCGUUGAGCGUAUUCUACCAGGCGGGUACAAUGUGUAUACAUCUGAGCAGCACAAGGACCCUGUGAGUUUGAGCAGCACCAAACAAAGACUGCAGUCUAAAGGGAGAGGAUUGCCUCCCUUGUCUCAGUUCCUGCCUAUGGUCAGCACCAUUCCUGAGGAGCCAGUAGACUUUGGUUUUGAAGAUCUGGACCAGCCCUCUGAUCUGGGGUUUGGACUUUCAUCUCCCCCAGAGACUGACAGCAUGGAUCCCUUUGGAACGAUAUCCAGAAUCUAUAUGCAGAGCCCCAGUUUCCACAAGAAGUAAACAAAAUGACCAUCCUUUUUUAAAAGGCUCAUCUUAAACAGACUAAUGCUUGGCUACCUUUGGAACCAGGGCACUGAACAGGGCACAGUGGAACCUGCUUUCCAAACUAAACCCAGUGGAAACAGAGCGUUUAUAUAAGCACCUAUACUGUGUCUCUGAAAUGAUCAUGUACCACUCCCCUUCAUGUAUGUACAGAACAGUAAAACCUAUUGUGGAGGAAGUUUUUUAUUCUUCAGGAAACUGAAGGAACCUGUCUCUGUUUACCCUCAUUCAAGCACUUGCUUAUUAAAGCAAUAUUUAUAAUUCAUUAAUUUAAUUUAAACAUCCCCUUUGUUACUGUAUUUUUGUUAUUAUCAACAAAUAUGUAUUUAUAGUGUGGAAGUGUUUUUUUAUAUUAUAGUCUCAGUCAUGGUAUAUAGUUAUUAUUUUUGUAUUAUUUUUAGGAAGACUAAUCCUGUUACCUAAUACAGAUUUCUAUUUACCUAAUAGGAUGAAAUGUUGAUCUGCAUCAUAUCUUUUCAUUUGAUAAGCACCAACAUGAAAAUGUGAAGACUAAUAACUAGCUAACAUUUUUUUUUUAAACAAAGUUGGGUUAGUUAAAUUUGUAAGGAAUCUUAUUAGCCAGUAUCCCCAGUCCAAGGCUGGACUUCAGGAAAACAACAAACAAGGUCAUCACACUGGGUCUAAAUGAAAUACAAGAAAACGUUUUGCUUCCACUAGAGCUCUAGACAAGAUAUACAUUGAGAUUAAAGAUCUUUCAGUCACAUGAGCACCAGGAUGCAGAUUGGUUUCUGAGGAUGGAAAUGGCCUUGGUUAUGUGAAAAUUGCCAGUAAUAUGAACACACACAGAGUAGGCUCUUCAAUCUGGGUUGUGUUUGAUUGGUUCCCACGUUACAACAAGCACACUGCGACUUUGGAGUCCAAUUAAGAGCAACGUGACUAAUCCCAUUGCUAAAAGUUUUGAGUUAUGAACACAUGUUGAGGUGAACGGAAUAUCUUGAUUGAAGUUUUUAAAAUCUUUAAGGUUUGACAAAGUUAACCCUAGUUGUUAUUUUAAGCACCACUCAGAGACUAGAUGUAGAGGACACAGUUGGAAAUUGAGUGGACACAGACUUAGAACGGGGGUUAGGUGACACUUUGGGGUUACCAAGUCUCAAUGUUGCUGUUAAAAAUUUGAAAUCCUCAGGAGCUGACUGGAGAAAGUUCUGGGGUCAAUCAGGUACCGGGAAUCGGGUAAAUUGAUGAACCUACACAGACCGAUUGGCCUCCUCUAGUUCCAAACUUUUCUUAUGUUCUUAUAGUCAUAAAAAUAAAAUCUUCAGGAACACCUGAAAGGCAAUGUGGAGAGAAUGGAAUGGAGAGCUCUGUUGAAAUCUAAAGACUGGUCCUCAAAGUGUCCUGACCUGUCAUCAGUUGACCUUAUCUUGGAUAAACUGGAUAGAAAGGUGGAAGUUAAUCCUACAGUGACAUGUCAAUACCUGCAAAAAACUUGGCAGAACUACUGAUUCGGAAAACUGGUUGAUCAAACACCUUGUGUUUGCCCAGCUGUCAUUCAAGUCAAGGUGGCUUUUUUGAUCAAAGGAAUGUUAUACUAUACAAAAGCAUUUUGUAAAUCAUUUAAAUUAUUUUAAAUAGCAUGUGUGUAUUGCCAACAAACUUCA